AUGGCGAGCUCGGGAGCCUCCCCCCGGCGCCGCGCUGCGGCCGGGCCCUCGGUGCGCGGCGAGCCCCUCCGAGCGCAGAGUCCGCGGCGCGCUAGAGGAAGGGUGGCGGGGGAGGGGUCAGACCCGCCUCACGGCCAGCCGGGCUCCGGCGCAGCCCCUCGCCAUUUUUGUUUCCCGCGGAGGAGAAGCUGGUGCAUUGUGGGAGUACAAAGAGCCGCGGCCCCGCCCCGGCGGGCCCCGCCUGCGCCGACAGGCAGCUCCGCGGCCUGGGGGCGGGGGGAUGGUGCCGCGGCGGAAGGACACAGGUGGCAUCGACCCUUCUCCGUCGGUGAACAAAGAGGGACUAUUUUGGGAUCGCGUUCCGAGCGGUAUCCCUGCCCGCAGCCGGGCCUCGUUGCGGCGGUGCCGGGGCUCGCGCUGCUUCGGCCGCCUAUUGUUCCCCAGCCGCUGAGGGCGGCGGUUCGGGCCGGGUGGUGCGGACCUCGGGUUCCCUCGCCGCGGUGUUCGGGAAUUCCAGUGAGCAGCUCUCCCCUCGUCCCUAAGUCAGAGCUGCACGACAGGGAAGGCCCAUGCGUCCAAGCAGCAGUUGGGCACCGCUGGUGCCGAAGGCAGAGGUCAGAAGAAAAUAAACGGCACUCAGUGUGAGAAGAGCCUGCUUGCAAAGAUGUAGUUUGUAAUCACAACAGACGUGUCAGACGCAGUGCUUAGCAGAAGUUAAACAGUCAGCUUCCUAGGCAGCAACAACAGCUGCCAUCACGCAUGGCCAACUCACACCGUUCUGGGGGGGCUGAAGCAGCCUCAUCCUGCUGCAGCUCUGAAAUGAUUCCAAUAAAAACUUCUCAAAGCUGAAUCCCUCCUUGCUAAUUUACACUGUUUCGGCAGCAGCAUCACCAUCGCACGCGCAAGUUCCUGACCAAACAUGCACAUGCCAGCUCUACCCUUUCUCUGUAGAAUAGUUCCCAAAACCAACAUGCUUAACUCCCACAUAGCUGCAGAGCUGCGUGGCCCCAUCCCACCAUAAAGCAGCUCUUGCUGCAAAGCCAGGAGUUGCUGCUGCCGUAGCAUUAUCUUUAUCUGAGAGCGGCACUAAAAGAAACCAGGAAUUCCUGUAUUACAGAAGAAUAAUUAGGGUCUGAUUAGUGUGCUGUUACAGGAAUUGUGCUAGCAAGACCAGAAUAUUGCUCCCAAAGCCUGUUACCACUAGUUUUCUCACUGCACACAGCAGAAUGCAUCAAUAUUUUCCCACAACCUAGAUUCUACAAAAUAAUUUUCUCCCAUUAUAUCCAAGGAGUACCAUGUGAGCUCAUAGCCCAACCCCAAAUGAAGCCAUUUAAAACUCUCCAUCUUUCCUUUAAGGUCAGCUCCAAGCCAUACACCUCACACAUACACAUCACCACCACCUCCUGCUGCAGUUCAGUAACUCAUAUUAGAACAUCCUUUUCUAACCGGCUCAGUGAGUCACAGAACCUCCUUCAGAGAGGAAGCGCUUUUCUAGAGCAAGGACUGUGCAGCCCCCAGCCGCCUGCUCCCUCUGAGGGCAGGGUGCACCUCCACACAGGUGGCAAAGUUCAGCUGCCAAUAAACCAGGAGGAGAGAUUUGUGCUGAAGGGUCACUGUCGUUGUUCCCUUGCCCAGGCCGACUAGAUGAUUACAGGACUGGAAAUCUCACCAGAAAUGGGCAAAUGAACCUUUACAAACGGAUUUCAAGUUAAAAUGCUCAAAUCAGCAAGCCUAAAUUUGCAGCAGCAGGAGGAUCCUUGUUAUCACUGGUAUAUGUGGAGCAAAGAAAUCAGCAGCAAUAGUAAGCAAACGAGUUUAGAUGCUCCUUACAUGAUCCCCAUCACUAUACUAUGAGACACGUACAGUUAGCCCAAUUUGGAGAAAGCACCUUCAUCUGCUUUCUAUUUGGCACUAGCAGUGAAACAAGCAGUUACUUCUUCUGUUAACAUAUGGAAAGACUGUAUGUCAUGACUUCAGAAGGAACUCUCCUGCCCUCCUUUCUUUUUUGUCUUCUCAUAAUAUUUCCAAAGCACUUGAACAUACAGUCGCCACGGUUGUGUUUUCAAUUUGAGACAUAAUACGUAUGUAGUUUUUGCCACAGAGCAGGCAAAGCCAAAUUAAAUUACUUUCCAUCUGAUGUUAGUAAGGCCUUCCUUGUGUAGAAAUUUCAGGGGGAAAAAAACCAACAGAUUUUGAUAACCUAUCAGAUGCUGUUUAAUAGGUAUGUUCAGUUUUAUACCUUCUCAUUUCGCAAACAGCUCUAUUGCAGAAAGGAGCUCAGAAAUAAUGACCUGGCACUGACUUUACCUUUGUUUAUUUUUUAUCCACGUAUUCUUAGGCAAGCUCUUGCCAUAAAGUCAAGCAAAAGCAAGGGCUUUCUCUGCUUGAUAGCACAGCAGAGAAAAAUAAAUAAAUCUUAUAUUUGAGACAUAAAUGUACUGCGUAAAGCUGGAUACAUUUGAAGAGUCAAAAGCAGUGGCAUUUCCCUAAGUAAAUGGCCCUUCUCUUGAAUAUUAACUUAUUUUUUCAAAGCUGGUGUUUAUAUACUUUCCUUGCCACAACGGCCACAUAAAUAUCAAGGAAACAAAAGAAAACAAACACACAAAAAGGUAUAAGCAGUAUAUAAGGAUAAGAGCACCAACUGCUGUACAGUAUUAUUUUCCAUUACCUCACUGUAUCACACAGCAUAACACCGACAUGAUACCCUAGAACAAGUCAAUACUGUAAAGUUUAUCCUUGUUCAGAUGGUUGUCAUGACCACAAUUCAAUAAGGAGGGAAAAUUAGAUCCCAGGCCAUUUUCUUUGUAUUGUUACAGCAUGGGAACAGUGAGAAAGCUCACCUGGGUUCUUCCAAUCUUAAAUCAAGAUAAAUACAGUACGUCUAUUCUUACAUAAGCAUUAUAAUUAGUGAGACAAUUCACCUAUGUGCAUUGGUUACGUCUUGACUCAGAAAAGAAUCUUCAAUUUAUAAAUCUAAAGAAUAGGCAAGCGAUUUUUUAAGAUAUCAAGCGCUUUAUAUUGUCUUAAAAUCAAGUAGCAGUUGUUAUCAUAAAAUUACAGCAAUUAUUCUAUCUUUAUUCUAAAGAUAUAAAAAUAGCACUGAAAAUAUUUAAAAAUAGACACCUGUAAAUAUUGUUCUAGAUGGGCAACAACAUGAAUACUUUUUUUCAUCUUCAUAUAACAACACCACCAAAGAAAAUAAAUUGAUGUUACUGGAUGUAUGUAGGCUGCUCUGAAAAUAAUGCCUCCUAUUUGUUUCCAUGGAAACUAUAACAGAUGCAGAAAGCACAAUAACACUGUUUGAUAGAGCAAAUUCUCAGCUACAAAAUGCUAUUUCAUAACAUAAUCACCAUCACUAGCUAUGCAUCCUUGCCAACAAACAAGAGCCUGCAUGACGCGCUUGUACAAACCGGCACCAGAGAUAACCCACUGUCACUGUUGCCACUGCUGCACUGUGCUCACACCCACUGUUUGGUCCUCAUAAACAUUCAGCAAAUGCAGUGAAUGUCAGUGGGUGCCAUUUUUUCUGCAUGGAGG